AUGUUCUGGCGGAUCGUCUUCCUCUGUCUCGCCCUCUCCGUCGCCGCUGUCCUCGUCUCGAGGCUCAUCGCCGCCCACCUGCCGGCACGGCACCGUCAUCCCCACAUCGUCUUCCCGGUUCGCGUAGAGCCUAGGUCGUACUUCGCCAACGAGCGGACGAUGCUUUUGUGGUUCGAGAUGGCCACAAUCCUGACGGUGCUCGGCGCCGCGCUGCAGGCCUCUCGCAACUCGUUCGCCAUCCAGUCGGCGGGCCUCGCCCUUAGCAUCCCAGCCGCCGCCAUCGUCGUGCACGCCUUGCGAAUGUACGUGCUGCGCUUCAAGUCGCUCGAGCGCAAGUCGCCGCGCCACUUUGAGGAUGGGAGCGGAGCCCUCUGGAUCGUGGCGCUGCUCACCGGGCUGGUCGUCUCUAACGUGGCCGUCGGUGUCCUCACAUGGCAGAGGCAGGGGCCGGGCGAGGCGUUGCGGCGCUUUGUCGGCUGGCCAAUCAACGCCACGGGCGUACUCGCAGGGCACUAG